AACGUUGCUUUAAAUCGGAACAGUGUUCAAGGGAAAAAGAAUUUCUUAAGUUUCAGAGAUUCUGUCCAUUGUAACGGUAUAAGAUGAAAAAGAAGAAAGACAGCGUGCCUCCGGGGAGUUUGCUGCGCGCUUUGUUUUUUCACAGCAUGAACACUUAAAAGCGGCAAGGUUAGGGCGAAUAUGGCUGAUGUUCAAUGAAGAUUGUCCACUCUCAAUUGUGGAAGACUGAAACUCGAACGAUGCGUGGCGUUGCUCUGUUGGCUUUCUGCUUGGCGGCUGUGGCAGCCGUGCCUAGCACUUCAAGACUGAGUGAUAAAAGUUUAUCCACUAUCGACCAGUAUCCCUCCAGCGCCUCCAUCCUCAGCACUUGGGAUGACAUCGCCUUGGUUUAUGUCUGCGCCGGUGUCAUCAUCAACAACAGGUCUAUCCUGACAGCUGGCCAUUGCAUGUACUACCGUCCUCCUUCUCAAUACCGCGUCCGAAUUGGAUCGUCUUACACCAACUCAGGUGGCCAGGUUCUACCCGCCUUACAAUUGAUCAUACACCCUGACUUCAACGACGCUAAUUUACAUUCUGACCUGUCUAUUGUCCGCACGCCAGUAUUUACCUACAGCCACAACAUUCGGCCCGCACCUAUUGCUGGGUACCACCUUGCUGACGACCUGAACGUUUGGGCUACGAGCUGGCGCCAAAUUGAGGGAGAUCGCCAAAUCAGUGAGGAGCAGGUCGUGACUAUUAGCAACGACCUCUGCAGAACUCGCUUUGACGGUAUCGACGCUGAAGUCACCUCUGACGUAGUCUGCACCAGAUGGCCUAAUCAAGAGUUCAAUGGCUACUGUAGUGGGUUCGGCUCUGGCAUAUACCAGUCUGGCAUCCUCGUCGCCGUCCACACAAACUGCUUCGGUUCACGCCCCGCUAUCAACAUUCGCGUGGCCAACUACACAUCUUGGAUUCAGUCGAAUGCCUGAAAUGUUUAAUAGGAAACAUUCUAAUCGUAAUAUGUUUUAUUGACUGUUACUGCUUUCAAUUUAUAUUUUAAAUAAAUAACUGUUUUUUAUUUAAACUUCGUUA